AUGUCCGGUCAAUCGAAGCUCUCCCCCUGGCAGAGUGCAGUAGCAGGGGCAACUGGGGCCGUUGUUGCAAACGCCCUCGUAUACCCAUUAGAUAUCGUCAAGACUCGGUUACAAGUUCAAGUCAAAUCCCAGAAACUACCGAAAAGUGAUGCUUCCGAUGGGACGGUACAUUACAAUUCUACAAUUGAUGCGAUAAAGAAAAUCCUUGCCGAUGAAGGUCUCUCUGGUCUAUACUCCGGUAUGAAUGGCUCCCUUAUUGGGGUUGCCUCAACGAACUUCGCCUACUUCUAUUGGUACUCUAUCGUCCGAACCCUAUAUAUGAAAUCACGACCGAACCAAAACCUUGGCACAGCUGCUGAGCUUGCUCUUGGUGCGGUUGCUGGAGCUAUCGCUCAGGUGUUUACAAUCCCGGUUGCGGUUAUCACAACAAGACAGCAAACUCAGCCUAAGGGGGAGAAGAAGGGGCUUAUCGACACGGGCAGAGAGGUCAUCAAUAGCGAGGAUGGAUGGAGUGGGCUAUGGAGAGGACUGAAGGCCAGCCUUGUUCUGGUUGUUAACCCAGCCAUAACCUACGGUGCCUAUCAACGCCUAAGAGAGAUUAUAUACCCAGGCAAGAAUAACCUACGGCCCAUGGAAGCAUUCUUGUUGGGCGCCAUGUCGAAGAGUUUAGCUACCAUUCUCACCCAGCCAUUGAUUGUGGCCAAGGUUGGUCUACAGUCUCGCCCACCGCCAUCUAGGAAAGGAAAACCAUUCAAGAGCUUUGUCGAAGUAAUGAGCUACAUCGUCGAGCAUGAAGGUGUCCUAAGUCUUUUCAAAGGCAUCGGUCCCCAGAUUAUGAAAGGGCUGUUGGUUCAAGGCCUUUUAAUGAUGGCCAAAGAGAGGAUUGAACUACUCUUUAUUCUACUAUUCGCCUACCUGCGAACUUUGAAGAAGGAGAGACUCCAGAAAGUCGCUGAUGCUGCUGCAGCAGCAGCAAAGCAAUCCAUGCCUGCAACGCUAAAAUAG